AUGAAGUACCUCCACCUCCUCACCACGGCAGCCUGCCUCCUCCCCAUGGCCAUCUCCCACGCGCUUCCGCGUGACAGCGAGGCGACCUUCCCAGAAGGCUGGGGCUACUGCAAACACUUCCCAGAAAAGGGCAGUAUAAAAGUCAGCUCCUUCACCCCGGAAACCGACCUGCGCCCCAUCGCGCAAGACGACGGCGAGAUCCGCGAACUGAAAUUCACCAUCCAAGGCGACAGCGACUUCGACCUCGAGGACGGCGCGACGGUCGAGGGCGAGGCGAAGAAGGUCGGCAAGAAGAAGCUGCCGUUGUGCGGUGGGGAGGGCAGCCAGCGCUGUCCGAGUCGGGAGUUGGAAUUUACGUACUCGGCGAGCUUUCCGAAGGGGAAGAAGACGAAGAAGUCGCAGAGGAGGGUGACGGUAAAGGUUCGGAAUGGGAAGGGGGAUGUUUUGACUUGUGUGGAGGGAAAGAUGGACUUGUGGGCGGAGGGGGAGGGGGAGUGA